AUGGCUGCAGCAUGGUUCCUGGUGCUGGUGGCUGCUGGCCUGGGUUUGACCAGAGCAGGUCCUGUCCCCACCUCCAAGCCCCCCUCAAUGCAGACAGGCUGUGACACUGGCAUGUUCAAAUAUCUGUUAUCAACAGAGUGGGAGUCCAUGAGGAAAGCCAAGAAUGCCUUGGAAAAGUCAUUGAAAAACCAGAGCUGCAGCUCCUGCCUCUUCCCCCGGCCCUGGACACUGACAGAGCUGCAAGUGUGGGAGCGCCCUGUGGCCUUGGAAGCUGAGUUGGCCCUGACACUGAAGGUUCUGCAGACUGUGGCUGACUCAUCCCUUGAGGAUGUCCUGGACCAGCCCCUUCACACAAUGAAGUACAUCCACUCUAAGCUCCAGGCCUGUGUUUCAACUCAGCCCGUAGCAGGCCCCACACCUUGUGGCCUCCUCCAGGAUUGGCUGCACCAGCUCCAGGAGGUCCCGGAGAAGGUGUCUCAGGACUGCCUUGAAGCCACUGUCACAUUCAACCUCUUCCGGCUCCUCGCAUGUGACCUGAAGUGUGUUGCUGAGGGAGAUCUGUGCGUCAGAACCUAG